CCCAUAUUUACAUUAGAUGUUCUGUAUUGGUUACAAGCAGCACUAAAAACAUCAUUGAAUUUCUUCUUUAAACACAUUGACGUGUUUUAUUGUUAUUGCAGUGUGAAAAAGGGCUUUCCACAAAGGUGAAAAGCACAUUUACGGGUUUCAGACAUGUUUCCUUUACGCACUUUCUUCCCAUGUAAUCCGUUUCCCGAUCCAUCAAAUGUUCUCCCACUGAAAGUCGUUAUCAGUCUUUGAUUUUUUGGCUGCGCCGCUGUCGCUCCCAUCGUCCGUAUAAAAGAGUCGACCCGCUCACAGGUCUGCAGAGCAACCUCUCUUCUUCAGCGUGAACAUCUCAUCCCAUUCUCACAGGUACGGUACCUUUUAUUUCACAUUUGCACAUAGAAGUGUUUAACGUGAAUGUCUAACGGAGAUUUUUCUCCCUUUUCUCUCUUCUGGGGAUCAGACAUGUCGGGGAAAGCCGUUUUGGUCGUUGCACUGCUGGUGGCGCUGCUCGUCUCCGACUCUGCGUCCGCACCUGAGAGCUCUGCAGCCAGGGAGGCGAAGGGCGUAAACGUCCUGCAGCGGCUUCUGGCCAAGAGGGAGAAAGCGAGGGAGGCAGAGGCGGCGGCUCGGGCCGAGAGACGGACGCACCUGUCUGAGGACGAUCGGGAGAUAAUGACCAAGCAGAUCAUGCAAGCCAUCACAGAGGUGAUGAACUCGGAGUGCAUGGCGGACCGGGACUACCAGGGCUGGGUGGACUUUGGACGCAGGGACGCCGCAGAGUGAGGACCGCCCGCCGGAGAGCCUUUUCUGUUCUGGUGUUUUUUUUUUUCUGACUGUACAGAGAAGUUGAAGUUUGACUCCUCCUGAA